CCACACUACCCAGCCACAUGACGCCGUUAACUAGCAGCUCGUUAACUACGCGGCACACGCCUCCGCUCCAAGUCUCUUCCACCCCAACCAACACUGCGACACGCGCGCAUCUCCACAUGCAGGGAGGAGGAGGAGGAGGCGUGAGCUGCGCUGUGGCCGGCGAGGCGCCGUCGCCUGGGGGAGUCCACCUCCGUGUCGGCGGCGGGCUGCUGGGCCUGACCAUCGACCCGGCGGGCGACGUGGAGGCCCCCGAGGAGCGCAUCGGGCGGCUGGUCCGCGAGAGCCCCGUGGUGAUCUUCGCGCGGCGCGGGUGCUGCAUGUGCCACGUGAUGCGGCGGCUGCUGGAGGCCGUGGGCACGCACGCCACCGUCAUCGAGCUGGAGGAGGCCGCAGAGGAGGCCGCGGCGUCGGCGGCCGCCGCCGCCGCGGUGCCAGCGCUGUUCGUCGGCGGCGCGCCCGUGGGCGGGCUCGACGGGCUCAUGGGGCUCCACCUCAGCGGCCUCCUCGUCCCGCGCCUCAGGGAGGUCGGCGCGCUCUGCGGCUAGCUAGCGAUCGAGGCCGUACGUCGCCGGCCCCGGCCGGGCACGAUGGGGCGCGUCAGUCGUCGAGGUCUGUAGAUACACGGGUACGUUCGCUACUUCAUUUCGAGAAAGCUGAGGGGCUCCGGUGUAAAAUGGCCUGUGACGUUAAUAAGACGUCGUUGUUGUAUUUGACUACUUGUGCUUCGCGUCGUUUUCCUACCCGACUGGUGGGGCUCGGGUGACAGCGUUGGGUCAAUGAGAGGGCCUUUGUGAGAAAUGUCUGGGUCUAAAUGUAAUUAAUACUUUUGUCC